AUGGAGACACUUAUCAUUGAAAGACCUUCAGAGAACGUCGCUUUAGUCAGACUCAAUAGACCAAACAAAAGAAAUGCUAUGAAUGGAACAAUGUUAGACGAGAUUGCAAGAACUAUGAGCCAACUGUCAGAAGACCCUGAUGUCAGGUGCAUUGUAAUUGCAGGCAAUGGAAAAUGCUUUACCGCAGGCAUUGAUAUCAAUUACUUAAAAGAUUUGUUUGAAACACAUCAAGGAGCUGACCCUGCAAGAUCUGGAAUUAUCGCUAGGCCUAAUAUCAAGGCCAUGCAAGAAAAAAUAUCUUCAUUAGAGAAAUGUUCAAAGCCAGUCAUAGUUGCUGUGCAUGGGCUUUGUAUUGGAGCAGGAGUUGAUUUUAUUACAGCAGCUGAUAUAAGAUACUGCACUACAGAUACAAUUAUUAGUGUUAGAGAAAUCAAUAUUGGGAUGGCUGCAGAUACACUUAAAAAUGGCAUGAGAGCCAGCCUGCCCUCUUAACACCUGUAGCCAAAAGGAGUCUGGAGAAUUUGUGGAAGGGAGCAGAAGCGUCCGGGAAAUGUUUCAGGCCGAGUUUUAAUUUGUUGCAGCCAAUUUCUGGUUUAAAAACCUCAAGCUCAUAUCCAGAGCAAGGGUUUACCUCAAGGGAGGGAUGGAACUUGGGAGUUGGAAAAGGGAUACCCAGUUGGUUUUCGCUUGGCCAAUCAGGCAAUUUCCCAGCGCGAUACAAGGAGCUGCUCUAGGGGCUACACAUUUCAUUUGGGCCGAUAGUCUGGCCAGAAAAUUCAUUUUUUGAAUUUUCGGAAAGGGAAACCCCGUUAACGCAUGACACAGUUACCCAGCAUCUUUACCUUCUGGUUGCGAGUGCAAGCCAUCAUCGGAGGGAGAUAUGCAUACCUUCAGGCCGUGUAAUAGGGCUGGCAAGCAAGAGGAAGAUACGAAGCAAAGGACAUGAAAAGCCGACAUGGCUCUCGGGAGCUACAAUAUAAUUGUCUAAGUUAAGGGAUGGCUGCAGAUAUAGGGACCUUACAAAGGCUGCAUAAGGUUGUUGGAAAUCAAUCAUGGGCAAGAGACUUGAUGUUUUCUGGAAGAGAUGUCAAAGCUGCUGAAGCGACAAGUCAUGGGCUGUUUUCUAAAUGCUUUGAAAGCAAAGAAAAAGUUUUAGAAGAAGCCUUGAAAUUAGCUAACGAAAUUGCAUCGAAAAGCCCUGUUGCAAUUGUAGGAAUAAAGAAGAACUUAAUUUACUCAAGAGAUCAUUCGGUAGAAGAAGGAUUGGAGUUUAUAUUAAACUGAAACUCAUUUGCUCUUCAGACCGAAGACACAGUUCAAGCGAUAUUUUCAGCAAUGCAGAACACAAAAGCAGUCUUUCCAAAAUUAUAA